GUUGUAAUAUGUUAGUAGCAGGUAGGACUGCAGUAGGAAGGUGGUGUCCUGCCAUACUGUUGCCAAAGCAUUUGGAUAAGGUAACUAGUUGGGGACAGGACAGCAAAGUUUUUGACACUGUAUUUCUGUUAGUGCUUGACUAUGCGGCGAGGGGAGCACGUUUCGCAGGCUUUCCAGGCCCCGGUGGAUGUCCAUGCCAGUGCAGAUGGCCAGGUGUACAUGUUCAAUAGGAGGCCCAAUGAGUCUACUGUAUCCUCGGAUGAUGAGGAGCUUAAUGCCAUGGAGAUGAGGCCACGGGUUUUUCAAGAGCAAGAACAGGACAGUCUGAGGAACCUCCAGCUGCUGGAGCGGGAGGUGUUAGAGGGUGACAACCUCAACAAGCUUGCACUACAAUAUGGCUGUAAGGUGGCAGAUAUAAAGCGGGUAAACAACCUUAUGCAGGGACAAGAUUUAUUUGCACUGAAAUCUAUCAAAAUACCUGUUCAGAAACACAGCUUUUUAACGGAGACGUACACAGACCUAAGUGACCCUCAAGGAGAAAUACCACAUUCAUCUACCACACCUAUGAAGCCUCAGGACCGAGCCAGAGCCCAACCACAUCUGCAGGAGGUCACAGACUUUCUAAUGGAUGUGGACCACGAUAUUGAAAAACUGAUUCAGAUCACAAAUGAUCAAGAUGAGGAUUUCUUGUUAAACUCAGAAAAACAGCAAAGGUUUGGUUUCAGAGGACAGAACCUGACCAGUCACGGUGCAGACUGGGGUAUACAGUGGUGGAACGCUGUAGUGGCCAUGCUCCUGAUAGGCAUCGUCCUGCCCUUAUUUUAUGUAAUUUAUUUCAAAACAAAAGAUAAUGGAGUAGUUUUACCAACAGGUGGUAGUGGUGCUUUACAGUCAUUCACCAUCUCCUCAAACUCCUCAGGGACAGGCCUUGGUACAAGAGGACCAGGAUAGUCCAGACUGAGAAAACCAGAAUCUUUUUUGGGUAAGAUGGUCUCAUAAGUAGUUGAUAAUCAAGAUAAAGCAAUGCAAUACCAUCAUAUUUCAGUAAAUAUCACCUUUUAAGUUCUCUUGACACUAUUAAUUAAGUUGUGUUUUACUAAAUUUGAGGAAUUAUUAAAUGUUUGUAUCUUAACCUCCUCACAUGACAUAAGCUGAAUAAUUGCAAAUGGAAAGUGUAUUUGUCUUGGGGGGGGGGGGACAUUUGUUCUGUAGGCAUUUCUGUGUAGACUUUAUCACAGCCUGCCUUUCCACCAGUGCCUGUUGUCAUCAUAUCAGUGUCACAUUGGGCACAAUCUUGUUAUCUGUUCCAAUACAGUAAUAUAUUUAUAUAUAAACUUUUUCCUAAAAUGAUAGACGCAUUUAAAGUUGAAUUGUAUUUGACAUAGGUUUGAUCAUUAAUUGUGUGCCUUGUUUGAUAUAACUUAUUUGUGGCUAUGUUUUGUGUUUACAUUAGGAAUUUGGUGCAAUACACAUCUUUGAUUGAUUGCAGAUUGUAUGUAUUCAUUUGACACCUUGCAUCAUUUAAAAUACAAGGUGUUGCAUUUAGUCAUCUAUAAUUUCCCUGAAAUAAGUGUGAGAUAUAAUUAAAAGUACUUCAUUGUCAGGUUUAUACAGUAUUGCAUACUCCAUCUUACGUUUUUUGAUGGGUAAUUGUGUCCACCGUGAGCAGGUGGCUUGUCCAAUGCACUUUUUAAAAUCUGAAGUAUUUUAAUUUAAGAAACUGGAUUUUGUCGACAUAUUUCUUUCAACUUUUAAGCCAUUUUGAUGGAAAAUUUGACAUGAUGGAUGUGCAAGAAAUUUUUUUAUAAAGCAUGUUUCUAUUUGAAUACAAACUUUAUAGUGUGAAAGUGUCUGAAGU